AUGAGUGUUGGGAUUUGAAAAUGCGUUUAUGUCGAGGAGUUAAAAGCGAAAUUAAAGCGAGAAUGCAAUAGGAAAGGUACGAUCAUUGUGCGAAUCGUGCGAAUGUAAUAUGAAUUCUAUGGUGUCAAUACUGUCACGCUUGUCGUGUGCCUGUGCCGGUCAUGCGCGGAAUGCGAGUGGAUCGUUUUUUUUCGGGGUGCUCUGCUGUACGAUCAUGCUAAUUAUGGUCUUCGAAUUCUGAUACAUAAUCGUCGAUCAACGAAAAUUGUGGAACUAUGAGAGACUGGAAUCUGGAUUCUUUUUUUUAUCUUUUAAAACGGUGUCACUCCGGACGUCACGUCCACUGCAAGCUAUAACCUAUGACGUAAAUGUAAACAUCGAAGGUGCACGCACGGAAGGUGGCCGUCGGCUUUAAUAAAGAAACUGCACGUGAAAAUAAAAUAGUUAAAGACAACUCUUUGGAAAUGAAAAUAACAAAAUCUACCGUCGUUCUGCUGCUCUUCGUGCUAAUGUUGUCGAUAUUUGUGGCGAAUGUCGCCGAUUUGAUCAACAUCGAUGAUCAUGUGUUCGACGAUACCGUUCAUGACACCGGGAAGGAGUCGUUAAAGCCGAAAUUUUAUAACAUCGGUGCAUCGUUUGAUCACCUAAUUUGGUUUUUACAGAUAACGGACAUACAUAUAAGUAUAUUUCAAGAUCCAUUUAGAAUAAUGGAAUUAAAAGAAUUUUGCAAUAUUACUGUGGAUAGCAUUAAACCUUCUGUUGUACUAGCCUCAGGUGACCUGACAGAUGCAAAAUCCAAAGAUAAGAUGGGAUCAAAGCAGAUAUUAGAAGAAUGGCAAUACUACAAAAGUGUUUUAGAUGACACUGAAGUUAGUAAAAAAACUUUAUGGUUAGACGUGAGGGGCAAUCAUGAUAAUUUUAACGUAUUAACUUCUGAAUCAAAAAAUAAUUAUUAUUCAAACUAUUCGAUUCAAGGAAAGAAGAACCCCAGGUCUUAUAUGUAUACUAUAAAUAUUGGUUCAGAGUCGUACACGUUUAUUGCGAUAGACGCUUGCUUGAAACCUGGACCGAGAAGACCAUUUAAUUUCGUUGGCAUGUUAGAUGAGCAUGAAGUUAAAACCAUAAAUACUUUAGUGAAUAGAUCACAAGAAAAUAAUGCAGACUUUAUAAUAUGGUUUGGCCAUUAUCCCACGUCCUGUAUACUGUCGCAAACUAAUACAAGCAUUAGAACUAUUAUAGGGAGAAAUAAGGAAAGCAUGGUGUACCUUUGUGGACAUUACCACAUGCUUGGUGGAGCGGUACCUAAUAUGUACACGUUACAACAUGCGGGUUUCCUUGAAUUGGAAUUAGCAGAUUGGAAAGAUAAUAGAAUGUAUCGCGUAGCAGCAGUGGAUCACGGCCAAUUCUCGUUCAUCGAUGUCAAGCACAAGGAAUGGCCGGUUGUAUUAAUUACUAAUCCUAAACACGCUUUAUACGCCAUGCCCAGAAAAGAGAACAUAAUGUCUAGUAUUAAAUCCACUCACAUACGGAUAUUAGCGUUUUCUAUAGCGUUAAUAAGGAUUGUCGAAGUGCAGUUAGACAGUGAGGCUUGGCUUGAAUGCGAGCACGUUAAAGGACCUCUUUACGUUUUAAGAUGGGACACGAUAAACUACACAGAAGGGAUACAUAAUAUUCGAGUAAGAGUUUCAGACGUUGACGGAAGAGAAACUGUGGUGUCCCAACCAUUCGCAUUAGAUGGUUCUCGUUUGUCAUUUCGUAUUUUGCCCAGAUUUGUACUUAUGUCUAACGUCAGUACUAUCUUUCAAUUCUUAUUCGGGACAGUACUAGCAUUAUUAGUGAUCCCACUGUGUUUACUUCGUUUACUUCACAUAUUGUGCGAAAAGAAGCAAAUGCAUCGGCCGAGGUUCAGAAUAAAAUUCUUUCACUCCUGGCUUCGAAAAUUAUGGAUAUUGUCUACCGUCGACCGUUUGUUCUUUCCAUUAGUACUUUACACACUGUAUUUAAUAGUUGGUCCAUGGGCGAUCGGUGAAGUGAUUGAAAAUCAAACGGGUGUGAUCUUUGCCUGGGGAACGUUUAUCGGGAAUUCUUUCUUACCUGGUGCCUUCACUUAUGCUUAUGGAUUUUUCCAAUUAUUUUCCUUCCACAUACCGUUAAUGCUUAUUUUAGCUAACAGAGUCGACAAGCGAUUACAUAAUACCAAAUCGAAUGAUAAACCAUCGUCUAAGAUCUGUUUUUUCCUGCAAUACGUACCGAUAACAUUAUUAGUUGCCAUGCAGACGUGCAUGGCUUACUUCUUUUGGCUGGCAUAUGGAACAUUGGCUUUUAUAUUGUGUCCAUUACGCACCUGGAGCAUUUUCUUAGCACUCAUGUUGUGGCAUCAAGUAGAUACAAUGCCACACUCAUGUCUUACAUCUGCUGCGAAAGUUUGGGCUCCCCUUGGUUAAAUUAUACGAGGUAUAGUAAUGUACUGAGAAAGCAUACUAAAUUACUAUUAUUUAUUUCAGUGAAAGAUAGUGCCUAGUUAAAGAAUUCAUACGUCUUUGCAUAUAAUUUGCGAUAUACAUGUACAUAUAUUUAUUUUUCUUAACGCAUUUAUUCUAACUUCAUUGAGUAAGCUAUUAUAAAUUCACCCAUAUCCGGUUAACAUGGUCAUCGUUUGGUUCGAAACGUUGAUUACAUGAUGCGUACAACGGAAUAAUAAUUUUUAUAAAUCGAAAAUGCCUGCUUAUGGCUACGUGCAUAUUACAAGUUGAUGAGUUCCUUUAAAAGUGCCACAUAUGUUCAUAAUUUUGUGAUUCAAAGGAAUUAUGGCGAAGACUGGUAAUAUUUACUUAUCGCACGAUUUAAAGCAAAUAAUAUUAAUCGAUUUUAGCUUCCAGGCUAAACACGUUUUGAAACUCCUUAAAGCUUCAGUAAUUUGUAUUACUUUAGUUUUCUAAUUCUAGGUAAAAACAAUUUUUCAUUGUGACUAGCGAUGCUUCCACAUUGUUUUUCACUUAUCUAGAAACAUUGUAAAGUAAACUGUGUGCGGCGCAUUAAUGUGAAAUAGAAUGAUAGCUUUAUUAUUGUGUUUAGAUCGCGUUACAGGUAGUACAUUUUAACUAAGAAUUAGAUUCUUAUGUAUUUAUACGCGAAGAUGGGAAACGCAAUAAGAUAAAGUAUAUAAAACAACAGUUAACAUAUAAUGUAAUAAAGAAUGUUUUCCUUAAUUUCGAAAACAAAUUUUUACUAAGAAUAAUCUCGUAUAUAUUUUUAAAAGAAAAUUAAAUACUAGGUUUAUACGUCUCUAAAUUGAAACCAUUCAGCUACGUUUCAUCUCUGUGAUAAAAAAAUAAAUUAUGAUAUUUAAAAAGUAAUAAUCUAAUGAAAUUAAGAAUUUUACUAGUUUUAAUCUUGUCAGAUAUUCUAUUAGGCUCUCGAUUAGGCUCAAUUUCUAAAUGUUUGUAACGCCUUUACGUUCUGUUUGUAAUGUUCUAAUUACGUUUUAUGAGAGUAGAUGAGGAAACGACAAGACGGAUUAAAAAGAUUCUCAAAGUACGGAACAGUAUUUCCUUAGACAAUAGAUGCUACUCUGCUGUCCUAUAUUUUUCUACUCAUCGUUGUCAAACGUGAUCUCACAACAGAACUGUAAAUGUGAUCUCAAUUAGUCCGAUGAUUCCCAAUCAAUUAUUAAUGCACGUGUGUUAGCGAUUACUCUUCCAUACGUAAUGUAUUUUCUGAAAGUAUAAAUAAUUGUUUUCUCGCUUCCUUUUUUUACACGUAUUUCGAAACGGUUUUUAAAGUCGCUCCGAUUUUUACGAAAUUCUGAUAAUCACUGGGAAUCAUUAGCGUAACGAAAUAAUUUACUUUACAAGAUGUAAGUAUGUAAUGUAUUUUGUAAAUGUAAUUUGUAAACCAUUAUAAGGGAAACGAGAAAUGAUAUUAUUUUCAAAUGUCUAACAUUUAGUGUCAAACGUACUCCCGAUUACACGAUUGAUAAAAUUAUUCUACACGUGUACGAUUGCAUCUAAUAAAGAAUAUGCAAAACGAUAAUACAUGUAAAUGUUAAUAAAUGUUAUAUAUAGCUUCAA